GGACUAUGUUCAAAAUCAUACAUUCCAUAAGGAUGUUCAUGAUUCUAUUACAAACAAUUAAACUGUCCAACAAAUCUGAACUUCCUUUUUUCGUUUCGAUGAUAUAACUUUUCAUAAGAUGAUAAUUUUUAUAAAUGAAGACACAUCGUACACACGUUUUUAGACAGUAUCGUUCCAGAUGAUACGCUUUAUUCUUCGUCGUGAGAAACUAAAACGUACAUACGACACGCUGGAGAUACUGUGCCAGGGGACAGUCAUGAACCAACCAACGGGAUCCGCUGCUUUUGGAUAUCUGUUCAUCUGUUAUCGACUAGCGUGCUCUUUAUUCGUCGUGAAUUUUUCUGCCAUGUUUCUACACGUGAUCAAACCGUUGAUUGUAUUUGUAUUUCGGAACGGGGCUCACGCGUACGUGGCACCGACAGCUUACCCUUGGCCGAUCACGACGUCUUUUAACUACUUGUUGCAUUACAUAACGGAGGCGUUAAUUUGUUUCUCGUUUCCAUUCAUAACCAGCGGGGUGGAUGUGUUUUUCACAAUGUGCGCGUUUCGUGUAUGCUCGGUGCUCCGGGCGAUGGCUGUCGAAUUGGAAGAAUUGGGAAAGGGAUCGUGUAGUAUCGAAAACCAUAGAUUACUUUUACGGAAAUGCAUCGACAAGCAUGCUACGCUGAUCAUGUGUCGGGACAUUAUACAAGAGGUUUACGGGCCUAUUGUCCUAAUGUUUACUGUGAUGAAUGCUUUGGGCAUGUGCUCUAUGAUAUUCGAGAUCUUUCAGGUGGGUAUUAUCGUGUCGUCGGUAUAUUCUUACGCAAAAGGAGUGUCAUCCAUAUGUUUCCAAAGUGACAUUAAACUUGUUAAUUGGACGAAUCAAAAGAUGGAUGAAAACGAAGUUAUUCUUUGAAUCGUUUUAAUAGCUUGAAAUUCUGAUAUUUCUCUGAUAUGUGCAUAAUUUUCUAUUUUAUCUAUUCAGCUUUGUUUGAAAUGGAUCGAGUCUGCUAUCUGGAAUCUACACAUCAGUUUAUCGUUCAUUCGUUGACUUACACACUAUGCAGUUAAUCUUCCUUUAAACUUCUUUUUAAUAUUAACAAACUAGCUGGUACAAGGUAACAAUUUAAAUACAUUAGUCGUAACCCUGGCAAGAAGACUCAAGCUCCACCAUUCGAGGAUA